AUGUUGGUGUCAGUGCUGUUGGUCACCUCUCAGUUCUUAGAGGAGUCCUUGGGUUCCCUUCCUCCCUGUCUCAUGGUGGAUGCAUAUCCAUAUAUACUACUGACCAGGAUGCUGCAGUUUGGUUAUUGUGUCCUCAUGGGGACGUUCCCCUUCAGUUCUUUCCUUUUGGGCUUCAUCUCUUGUGUGGGGACCUUCAUUUUAGAGGCUAAUCUGAGAAUACAGAUCAAUCCACAGAGCAAAAUGAAUUUCCUAGGUAUCUCGCUGGAGGGAGGCUUUGCUGAUUUUCUCUUUGCCAGCAACAUUCUGCACCUCGUCAUGAAUUUCAUUGCCUAUAUCAUUCCCAUUUACUUAAUGGAGGAGUAG